CACAUGAAGGAUGUUUUGAAAUGUUCUGUGGCUCCUCAAUUCUAUCAUGAAAAUGGACAUUUUGAUUUAAUAUACUGUGAAAUAUGUGUUGUAUUUUACCUGCGAAUUACAAGACAACUUGCUGACAUUAUGCCGACAACAAAUAGAAAGAGACAGGGCAGGGACACCGCUGUUCAGGGGACCAACGACAGCAGUGUGGUCAGCAAAGUGUCUGCUGCAGCUCAGGGAUAUUUCCAGGACGCCUUCCUCCAACACUUUGUUUGCAAAGUGGCCAGAAGAGCCCCGCUCAUCAACAGGGGCUACUAUGUGCGCUGGAGAGCUGUGGACCACUGUGUGAAGAAGUUCCUACAAGUUACUGAAAACUGCCCGAAGAGACAGAUUCUGUCUUUAGGCGCGGGGUUCGACUCUGCGUAUUUCCGCCUGCAUGCAGAGGAAGCCCUGGACAGAGCUGUGGUGUUUGAGGUGGAUUUCCCUGAUGUCUGCCGACGUAAAGCUGCCCUCAUCAACGCUAACAUCUCACUGAGGGGGCUGUUGGACCCACAUUUACCUUCCCCUACAGGUCCGGUCUAUGUGCACAGUGGUCAGUACCGUCUGCUGGGGGUGGAUGUGAGGGAGGAGGCGCAGGUGGAGGAGGCUCUUAGUGCAGCUGGGCUUGACUGGGCGGCUCCCACUCUGAUUCUCUCUGAAGUGGUGCUCACAUACAUGGAGACACAAUGGUCAGACGCUGUCAUAUGUUGGGCCACUAAGCUCCUGCCACAGUCUCUCUUCGUCAUGUACGAGCAGAUUCAUCCUCGCGAUCCCUUCGGACGCAUCAUGCAGGAUCACUUCCUGAAACUAAAUUCCACUCUGCACGCCCUCCAGCAAUACCCCGACACAGCUGCACAGAGGCACCGCUUCCUGGACCAGGGCUGGGAGCAGUGUGUGUGUCUGGAUAUGAACGCCUUCUACUUUGGGCUGGUCCCCGAGGAGGAGAGGAGCAGAGUGGAGAGCCUGGAGCCGUUUGAUGAGUACGAGGAGUGGCACCAGAAGUGCUCUCACUACUUCAUCCUCACAGCCUCCCGAGGCUCCCUGAUGGCUGAGGCGUUACUCCCACAUCCUCCAGGUAGAUAUCACUUUGUUCCUCUCGUGGAAAAACACUUUCCACGAACACCUUCUUUUAUUGCCUCAUUAUCUCCAGUGCCGUCCAUACUCCCGUCCUGGAGCACCUCAGCCCUGAGUCUGCGGCCCCUCCCGGUGUGUGUGGAGGGUCUGGGGACGGCCUCCACCUCUCUGAGCACGGGGAGGGUACUGCUGACAGGAGGGAGCAGCAGAGGAGGCAGGGGGCCCGUCAGCAGGGUCCUGCUCAGGGGCCAGGGAGGCUGGAGGUGUGUCAGUGUGGAGACAGCAGGGGAUUUGGGAGUUCGUCUCUACCACACGGCGACCUCUCUCCCUGGAGGGGGUGGGUUGGUAUUCGGGGGUCGCUCCUCUCCUCUGAAACCAGCCAGAGGCCUCUUCAGAGUAUCGCUGGUCCCCGGGGGUCCACAGGAUCCUCUCCACUCAGAGGACCCGGGGAAACUCUGUGUGGAGGAGAUGGUCUGUACGGGUGAAGCGCCACUGCCGAGAUGGAGGCACUCUGCUGCCACCGUCAGGCACAAAGGUGAAGACUUUCUGUUUGUGUUUGGUGGAAAGAAUGAAUCACAGCCAGUCCUGAGUGACGGUUACUUCCUGUGUGUUGAGCGGCAGCACUGGAGAGAGAUGCCAGUAGAGGGCGCAGCACCAGAGGCCCGUCACUCCCAUUCAGCCUGUUCCUAUCAGGGAGGCCUGGUGCUGUUCGGAGGAGUAGACAGUGGGGGGGUUCCUCUGGGGGACACAGCUGUGUUAAGGCCGACUGACAGGGGCUUCUGCUGGGAGAGAAUAGACGUGCAGCCCCCCCCUGUGCCCAGGUACUCCCAUACAGCCCAUGUGAUCGGUGAGAGGCUGCUGGUGGUUGGAGGGGUUUGGCUGCAUUCAGACGGAGUUCCAGGAGUCCUCAUGAUCCACCUCAGCACCCGCUGCAGUGUGGAGUUCAGAAUGGACACGACCGCGGUGCCUUGGCCUCUGAUGCUCCACUCCUUCUGCUCGGAGCUGACGAACCCCGGAGACCCGGAGCUGCUGCUGAUCGGAGGAGGAGGAAACUGUUUCUCCUUCGGGACUCACUUCAACCUGCAGCCGGUCACUGUGGACCUCAGAGCCGCGCUGAGAUAAAGCAGACAUCCAGACUCACAUCACAGGCAGGAAGGAUGAACUUAUAUUAGAUGAAAAAGAGCUGCAACAAUUAGUGGAUUUAUUGAUCUGUAAAUAAACUAUUUUUAUAUUUUCUUCA